AAGCCGCCCUGAGCCCUCUGCCUGUUGCCUCCCCUAAGAGCUGCAUCUUCAAAGGGUUUUGUGAAGCUUCUCUGGGCCCCCCACUUCUGAGUGGAGUGAAGCCCCGAUGCCAGGGAGGCCCUCCUCACCCGGCAGGAGAGGCCCAGGUUGCCAGGCAACCAGCUGCGGCUCCUCCCAGGGCUUGCGGUGGAUGGCCACGUCGCCUGGCAACCGGGCAGCAGCGUCCCCCGAGCCCAGACCACACAGCUGGGCCUAGCCCUGUCUGGCUUCUCCCUGGCCUGGGGCACCCCUGGGGCCCUGUUCUUGUUCCCCAAGACCACAGCAGCUGGUGGCUCCAAGCACAAUGAACGUCGUCCUCUCCAGGGAUAGCCAGGUGAGGGUGAUGGAGAGUACCGUGACCAACGCCGAGAAGUACUUCGGGCAGUUCUGCUCACUGCUGGCCUCCUACACACGCAAGACAGCCCGGCUGCGUGACAAGGCCGACCAGCUGGUCAAGCAGCUCAUCGACUUUGCCAACACUGAGAACCCGGAGCUGCGGGCCGCCAUGCGGGACUUCGCCGAGGACCUCGCCAAAGUUCAGGACUACCGGCAGGCCGAGGUGGAGAGGCUAGAGGCCAAGGUUGUCAGCCCCCUGAAACUCUAUGGCGCUCAGAUAAAGCAGGCCCGGGCUGACAUCAAGAAAUACAAACGUGUCCAAAAUAAUGAGAUAAAGCAACUGGAGAAGCUUGAGAAACUGAGGCAGAAGUCACCCUCAGACCGGCAAAUGAUCAACCAGGCAGAGACCAGUGCACAGCGAGCCUCGGUGGACACCAGCCGCACCACCCACCACCUGGCAGAGACAGUGGACACCUUCCAGGAACAGAAGCUAAAGGACCUCCGGAGAAUCUUUUCGGACUUUGUGACUAUCGAGAUGGUCUUCCAUGCCAAGGCAGUGGAGGUGUAUUCCAGUGCUUUCCAGACCCUGGAAAACUACGACCUGGAGAGAGACCUGCAGGACUUCAGAGCCAAGAUGCAUGGCAUUUGUGGUCAUGGCUCAGCUCAGCCACUCAGUGACACCAGCUCUCCUUCUGUCCCCUGGGCCCUGAGCAGCCAGAGUGCUCAAAGUCCCCUUGGAAACACGAGGAAAGAAGAGGAGGGGAGUGAGGGCGACUCUGUGGAGGAGUCCCCUCUAGAGGACCUCAGGGGGCAGCAACAGGGACGCUGUGACUAGGAAGAGGAUCCCCAUGACUGGCAGAAGUUCUUGGACUGGCCUGUACCUUAGUGGGCUCUGCUCAUACAUUAGGGGACACAGAUCAUUGGGGCCUCAGUUUCCUGUUCUGCAUAAUAGGCAGUCAGGGGACCUAUAUGCUUGGCAUGGUGUCUGGUGUACAGCAGGUGUUCAGUAAAUGCCAGGUGACUCUCA